ACGACAACAAAAGUAUUAGUGAAGCAGACGGCUUUCAAAAAAAAAAGAUUUCCUGGUAGUUUUAUUAUAUGGGAAUGAAUUCAAAUUAUUUAUCACUUGGAUUGAUGUUUUAUUUGAAGUUUUGAGCUAAAUAUAAAAAUAUACAUAAAUUUAGUGCGUUCAAACAACAACAACUUUCAGCUACACACAAUCGAACUAGGAGAAUAUGUUUAAAUUAUAAAUAAUUUGUAUAUAUGGAUUUAAGCGGAACGUUGUAAUUUACAUAAAUAAAACACCGAUACACACAUGCACUUGAAAAAAAGCUUAUAUAGAAGACGAAAUCUAUUCAGUUUUUGAUCACUUUCCAAUUUUGUGUACAAUAUUCACUAUACCAAUCAAAAAAAUGUCUAAAGGCAAAGGAAAAAAAAACAAUUUUUUUGAAUCGCUUUCAGUGCAUUCGGAGACGGAGGAACAGCAACGAAUAAGAUUUCAAGUGGAAUUAGAGUUCAUUCAAUGUUUAGCAAAUCCAAACUAUUUGCAUUUUAUUGCACAGAGAGGAUAUUUUAAAGAUCAAACAUUCAUAAAUUACUUGAAAUAUUUAACAUAUUGGAAAGAACCAGAAUAUGCUCGCUAUAUCAAAUAUCCAAUGUGUUUGUACUUCCUCGAUUUAUUGCAGUAUGAGCACUUUAGACGUGAAAUUGUCAAUUCACAAUGUGUGAAAUUCAUUGAUGAUCAGGCGAUUUUAUUGUGGCAACAUUAUACGCGAAGACGAAUGAAAUUGCUUGCUGCCGCUCAACAAAAUCAACAGAAUCAUCAAAAUGGACAAACUCAAAACAUUUCAAAUGGUCAUCAACAGCAAAAUGGAAACUCCAGUCCACAACAAAAUGGGGGUGAACCGUGUUAAUAAGCAUAACUCAUAAAGCAUAUAGAUAUUUCUUCCAAUUUGUUUGCAUAUUUUUCCGUUUUUAUAGUAAAAAAAAUGUAUAAUUUUGAAACAAUAGAUACAUAUAUCAAAUAAAUAAGAUACAUUCAAUUGUCA